AUGCAAUCUACUAUUGAUAAUAACACCGAUGCUCAUUCCUUUCAACACUCCCUAUCAAACCUCGAACUUCCUAAUUACAACUUCUCUGAUGCUCAAUAUCCGCUGUCUCCCGAGACGAUGCUAGAUAUCAUAAUUGCGCGGCGCAUUCCUCCAAACAUUCUUAGAAAAAUUGAAAGUCGAAUCUACACACCUUUAAGAGACCUUGUCAGACCACGGCAAAUAAAAUCACGUCGUCGUGCUGGUCCACCUCGGCCACAGAAUAUGUACAUUCUAUAUCGGAGGGAUUUACAGAAUAAGAUCAAUCAAGUCAAAGGUCGCGAUGUUGGUAGUCAGCUACAAUUUGUAUCCAAAAUUGCGAGCAGGGGGUGGGAACACAUAGAUCCCGAAACUCGGCUAUUAUAUAAUUAUAUAGCCGAGUGCGCAAAGGACUAUCACAGCUACGUUUUUCCUGGAUACUCUUAUAAACCUAAAAAAAAAUCGAUACGUGUGUUCAGCAUGAACGAAAGUACGGACGAUACGCUUAGUCCAUCAACCUUAUACGAAACUCAACCGAACGUCACGUCUAUUAAUUAUACGGCUGCGCACAAUAAUAUUAAUUCUUAUUCAUCCUCCCCUUUAUUUACUUCAUUAUCUUCCCCUGUUUUCAAUAAUCCUGCUUUUAUUGAUCAAAGAAAUAGGGAUGGUAUUUAUAAUUGGACUGUAGGCAGGCCACUGCUUGAUUAUGGUGUUACCGCGAUCAAUCCAUCGUGCAGAAAUUUACCUCCACUUUGCCAACCAACAAUUCGUAGCCAUGUUGAUCGUGGACAUCUUUCCUCAGUUGACAGACAAGUGCGUUUGUAG